CACACAAUCACACACACACACACACGUGCCUCCUGCUCUGUUAGGCGUUGUGAACGAGUGAAUGUGAAGUUACUGCCGGAGGUGCAGCAUGCACAGGUCGUACCAGCCGUUAAAGCCCGUCACCAGCCGCUACCUGCAGCACAAAUGGGACCAGAACGACUACGAAAGCCACCGCAGAAAGGUGAGCUCUGCCUUGCCAGUAGUAGACAACAAGGGCAUCAGAACACCAGCUCACAUCCAGCUCAAACUCAAAAAACUACAGCUGCAGGACGAGCGGCUGUCAGUCAUUGACAGAGACAACCGCCUCCUGGCCUCCAGACUGGCCGACAUUGUUUGCUCUAAAGGCCUGGUGGACCAUCGGAACCAGCACCAGCUGAGGAGCCUGAAUGCUGGCAACAGGAGGGCAGAACUUUUCCUGAUCAGCCGUCAGAAUCAGGCCAUCUACCAGCGAAUCACGUCUCGCCAGUCAGAGUACCGCCGCCAGAUGUUGCUGGACGACUGGCAGGGGGUGGAGCGUCGGCUGGACAAUAUUUCUCGAUAUCCUCGAGCGCCGGCAGAGAAACAGAGGUCCCACAGGAGGGUGAAGUUUGCUGCUGUGGAGGGCAGCGAGCAGCCGACGAGCUGCAGCAGCACCGACACCAACAGGACGGACAGAGAAACCUGAAACGCAAACUGACAGCCCGGCUGCAUUCAGUUUGAAAAACUAUCCUCAGAUAACCGCUUUAGUAAAAAAUGACCACAAACUUGGCUUGUAUGACUCAAAACCACACAGAUUUUAAUCCAUGUGACAUGAUGAACCAAACGCCUUUCAGAUUUUAGUUUGAAGGUCCAGUGUGUAGGAUUUAGUGGCAUCUAGUGGUGAGAUUGCAGAUUGCAACCAACUGCUUAACUGCACCCUCCUAACAACCUGAAAGUUUCUCUCUAGAGCCAGCGUUUGGUUUGUUCAGUCUGGGCUGCUGUAGAAACAUGGCUGUGCCUCAUGGCGGACUUCGCCAGAGGCCUCUAAUGUAAGUGCAACACCACAGUUCUUAGCUUUGGGUGAUCGCCAAUAGAUCCUACAAACUGGCCCUUUGAAGCACCACUGUGCCCGAGUGGCCUCACAGAGCGUAGAAGACAUUCCUGUCAAGGAUGCUCUAAUUGAUGAAGUACUUCAUUAUAAAUAAACCCCCCAGUUGUUUGCUUUAGGGAUUUAAGAAGAGGAACGAUAUCUCUCCAUUGUUAUCCAGCAGUUGGUGAUGAAGCUGUGCUGCCUUGUGUCCUUGGUGUUUCUCUGUUUGAGAUGGAGUGCUGCUCCCUGUGAUUUAUGCUUAUUUAAAUUCAAUACAAAGCUUUAUGAAUAAAACCUCUAUAACGUCCUGAUGCUUGGAGUCACUUUAUUGCCACUGUGACCUUCCCUGAUGAAUCCGACCUAAUCAUCCAGGACAGAGUUAUUCUCAUUGGAUCUCAUUACUCUGAACAUGAUGUACUUUGGAGAAAGUUUGAAGGACUCACAUUUAAGAUGAGAUAAGAUAAACCUUUGUUUUUAAACCUAUUGAAUAUAUUAUUGCAUUAAAUAUGUGCCAGGAAGACAUCAUUAUAUUCCACAUAUUUCAGCCAU